AUGGGUUUAAAACUACGUAAAAGUGAUACUUCAUCACAAUCUACUAACAAAUUAGAAAUCGGUGAAAUAAAUGAAGUAUUAGUCCAAGAAGAAGAAGAAGAUAAACGAUCAAUUGAUAAUAAUAGUAAUAAUAAAGAUUCAGAUAAAUCAAAUGAUGAUGAAAAAUAUAUUGAUCAACAUAUUAAAUAUUUGAAUAUUUUUUAUAUUAUUCAAAUUUUUUUCAUGAUUUUAUUACAAUUAUUUAUUGGAAUGAUAGAUAUACCAUAUACUAUAUUUUUAAUAUCAAUAAUUUAUAAUUUAAUAAUUAUAAAUUUUGUAUCAAAAAAUUCUUUAAAUAUUUUAAUUAUUGAAAUCAAUGGAUUUUUAUGUUUAUGGUUAAAUUAUAUUGGUUGGUUUAUUAGAAAUGAAGAUUUUGAAUUAUUAUGUAUUAUGCCUUGGAUUAAUAUGUCAUGUCCUUAUUUAUUUAAAUAUUGGUUUACUAGUAUGAAUCAACUGAUUAAAGAAUUAAAUAAAUUGAAAGAUGAAUAUAAUAGUGACGAGGUUGAUGAAUAG